AUGAAGCGGCCGCGAAAGGCGGAGCGGGAUCCGGGGAAGGAGGGGCAAGGCGAGCAUGAUGGGGAGGAGGAGCAGCUAGCGUGGUUGCAUCGGCAAGUGGUGCUGAAAGGCCUAGAGAUGUUUAAACACGAAGGCCAGCAGCAGCAGCAGCAGCAGCAGCAGCAGCAGCAGCAGCAGCAGCAGCAGCAGCAGCAGCAGCAGCAGCAGCAGCAGCAGCAGCAGCCGCAGCAGCCACCGCAACUGCAGCAGCAGCAAGCUUCCCAGAUGGGCUUCAAAUGGCAAGAAGCUGCUGGUGCUGCUGGUGGCGGAAUGGCAGGUCAGGAGGGCGCAGGUGCCGGGGCGGAUGGAGCCUGGCAAGCAGGAGCAGCAGGGGCGGCAGGGGCAGCAGGGGGAGCAGGAGGAGCUGCUACUGGAGCCACACCAGGGACUGGGAAGAAAGGCAAGAAAGGUGGUGCAAAGGAGGGCGGGGCGAAAGGCGGAGGGGGAAAGGGUGCGGCUGGGCAGGAGAAUAGUGGAGCAGGGCAGUCGAGUUCUGGCAAUCAUGCACUCAUGAAGUUCCCCAUUCCCUAUUGCUCCUGCACGGGUCACCCUAGACAGGUGCACCGCAACGGCCACUGGGGCUGGCAAUCCGCCUGCUGCACCAACUCCCUCUCGCAGUACCCCCUUCCUCCGCACCCCACGCGCCGCCACAACCGCAUGUGCGGCCGCCGCAUGUCAGCCUCUGCGUUCCUCAAACUGGCUCAGAGGCUGGAAGGAGAGGGCAUGGAUGUGCGUGCUGUGCCCAUAGAUCUUUGCCCGUAUUGGGGCAAGCACGGGUAUAACCAGCCGAUUGCAGUCGCCACGCACACGAAUUUCAACGCUCUUGGUUCUGACACUGGCGUUGGUGGCGUCGGUGCUGGCGGUUCGGCUGAUGUGGCGGUGGAUGCUGACGAUGGUGUUGGUGCUGAUGCUGGAGCGGUUGGGGUUGGUGCUGAGGGGAAUGACUGCGGUUUUGCGGCUGGUUUGUCGGGCGGAAGUGGCAGUGGGAAUGGGGAGCAUGAUGAGCUAAUCUUUCUCACGUCCCUCUUUCCCUUAAGCAAGCUCUCCUGCGUUUUAUUAGUUCGCUUGCCGCAAUGCCUUUUAUAA